ACGUCUGGUUAUCAGAUUGAAACUCCUAGAUAAAUGAUAACCAGCAAGAGAUAAGAAAGCUUACAUUGGUUACUAAUUACUGAGUAUGCACUUAUCGGCUUUUUACGUGUAGCUUAAUUACCGCACUGUUUGUAGCUUUUAGCAUUUGUUUUGCCGCAGUUAAUGUAAACUUAUGCGGCUUUAAAUAAAAAAGUGAGUCCGCUGUCUGUUAAUCAUGGAAAACUGUAAAAGGAAAAAGCACGUCUUGGCCAUUGCGUAUCCCGCUUACGGGCAUACCACGCCGCUCCUGGGACUAUGCCGAAAAUUAUGUCGGUACCACAACGUUACAUUCGCCGUAAGUGGUUUCAUAGCUAAUCGCAUGCGUGAGCGAGAAUUCCGGAACCUUGAAGCUGGCGAAUCCAUCACCCUGUACCCCAUCGACGACGGCGCCCCCGCGGAUACCCAGUUCAAAGUGGACAAAUGGCACAAAGCCCACGAUGUCUUGAUGAAUCAUGUGCACCCGGGUGUUCGACAACUCAUGUCGCAAGUGGCCACCCUCAACCAAUCAGGCACCGCUUUUGAAAUCACCCGACCAGUUGAUGUCGUCAUUUUUGAUAUGUGGUUCGCGCCUACGGUCAUGACGACAAAGGUCCCGGGGAUUCUGUACUACUAUUUCAACGGGACGCCGUCAUACUUUCUCCGCUACUUGUUACUGCUGAAAGAUGUCACGGAAACCUGUCCUGUGGAAAAACACGAUUGGUUCCAGGAUUUGCCGCCACCCGGGAAGAUGCUGGGCCCGCAGCUGGACAUGCUCCUGUCCGAAAUGGGACCGCUUGGCAAAUAUCUCCCGCUGGUGGAUGGUGUAAUCAAUAAUUCGCAUAGAGCGGUCGACCAGCAAGACAUUGAGAUCUUGGAGAAAGACAGAGGUAUGCCGGGUGUGAAGAUUUUCUGUCUGGGACCGUUCCUAUCGGAUUCCACGACUCCGGUAACCGAUGAGAUGGAUGCGAAACUUGUACGUUGGUUGGAUAAACAAAAACCCCGAUCUGUACUGUAUAUUUCGUUCGGGUCGAUGGCUGCACCAACUGAACAGCAGUUACACGAGAUAGGGACGGCUUUGUUGGGCUUGAAUGUGCCUUUUAUUUGGACGCUUCGAAAAGGUCACGAGGAGAAAUUACCACAUGAAAUCCUCAUAAAAAUGUCAGAUCAAUCGGAAGACGACAGUAACCGAUCCUUCUGGAUCGUUCCAUGGGCGCCACAAACAGCUAUUCUAAAUCACCCGUCAACAGGCGCGUAUUUAUCGCACUGUGGCUGGAAUAGCGCCCUGGAAAGCAUGAGUGCCGGUGUACCCAUUGUGGCCUGGCCGCUUUUUGCUGAUCAACGCUCUAAUGCCAGAAUGCUGGUCAAACGCGGAGCGGCCAUUAUGAUGGAAGGAACCAACAUUCUGUUCAAACGUUUGGUGCCGACAAGGGAAAUUGAGAAAGCCAUUGAGGCAGUUUUGUCCGAGCCAGCGUACCGAAACAGCAUGGAUGUAUUCCGCGGAGAGAUUACUGAUGCUCUCUCGGAAAGCGGUUCAUCCACAAAAGAAUUACACGAAUUUGUUCAAUUUGCUUAAGAGCUGUGUGUUCAUUUCGUCACAGCGUUAUCGCAUCUUGAUUUCUGAAGAUAACGGAAUUUCUGGAUUUACUUAUCAACGGUCUUCACAUACAAAUGAUGUACAAGGUGUGUCAGUAUUUGGUAUGCUGUGAAAAUCUAUGUGAUUCUGAUGGAGGCAUUUUCCUAUGCCCCAAGUUGGAAAAUCAUAAUAUCCCUUUUGCGUUUUUCAAUGUGUAAAAAAACCCUCUGGGAUUUUCAGACAGCAAAUUAAACAAGGUACUGCAUUAACAAUUUUGCCACUUGUACUUAAUUGUA